GAGAGAGUGAGCGAGCGAGCACAUGUAUGUGUGUGUGUGUGAGUAUACAUCAGUACUGUAGAGAGGUCUCACACAAACAGAAGUUUGUAAACCGUGACCGAUCUGAUGGAGUUAUUCAGGAGUUAUGGAGGUGGAUUAUAGAUGAAUCAGAUCUGCUCUGGAACGCUGUCAUGUCAACGGGCCCGGGGCCCAAUAAAGCCGCUCGUCUGAAAGACACGGGUCAAGAAGCCACCCUGCCCAUCCUAAAGGAGUCGAUCGUCCCCGCGUCAGAUCACCUGAGUCACGUCGGGCUGCAGACGCUUCUGGAUCUGAUGGUUGGAGUUUAUCAGGAGUUUAACUCGUCUGCUCGAGCCAAAGAGAAAUAUGUUAGACGUUUCCUACAGUGGGCUGAACCUCUGGUCAGACAGGUGAAGAAGACUCGACUGAGGAGAGAUGACUUUGACAUCUUGAAGGUGAUUGGCAGAGGGACGUUCAGUGAGGUGGCACUGGCCAGAAUGAACAGCACACAGCAGGUGUAUGCACUCAAAAUCAUGAACAAAUGGGACAUGCUGAAGCGUGGAGAGACCGCAUGUUAUCAGGAAGAGAGAGAGGUUCUGCUCAGAGGAGAUCGCCGCUGGAUCACAGAACUCCAUUACGCCUUCCAGGAUGACAAUUACCUCUAUUUAGUGAUGGAUUAUUAUGUUGGAGGAGAUCUGCUGACGUUACUCAGUAAAUUUGGGGAUGGUAUCCCUGAGGACAUGGCUCAGUUCUACCUGGCUGAGAUGGUGAUGGCCAUCGAUUGUGUUCAUGGACUGGGUUACGUGCACAGAGACAUUAAACCCGAUAACAUCCUGCUGACUGCUGACGGUCACGCACGAUUGGGCGAUUUUGGCUCGUGUCUCCGUCUGGGCGAUGAUGGGCUGAUUCACUCUUGUUUGGCGGUGGGUACACCAGAUUAUCUCUCACCGGAGAUCCUGAGGGCGGUGGAGGGUGAAGAAGGAUACGGUGUGGAGUGUGACUGGUGGGCUCUGGGCGUGUGCGCGUACGAGAUGCUUUUCGGAAGCACACCCUUUUACGCCGAGUCCAUUUCUGAGACCUAUGCUAAAAUAAUCCGCUUCAAGGAUUAUUUUGAAUUUCCCGUCAUGAGUUUUGAGGUGUCGCCUGAUGCAUGCUCACUGAUCUCAGGUCUGAUCUGUGAUCGUAGUGUGAGAUUGGGUUCAAAGGGUUCUGGAGACUUUCAGAAACAUUCGUUCUUCAAGGGUCUGGACUGGACUUCUCUUCAUCUUCUUCCAGCUCCAUAUCAUCCUGAAGUCCUCAAUCCCACAGACACCUCAAACUUUGAUGUUCUGGAUGACUGUCUGAGUCAAAUGGAGAACUUGUGUGACGUCAUGGACCGCGCUCCAGUCGGAGUUCAUCUGGCGUUUGUUGGUUACUCUUACACAGCCACCAGAGAUACAGGUGCCAUUGAUCACAGCGCUGACAUUAUGAUGAAGAUUGACUAUCUACACCCGAAGGAGAAACUGAAUCAGAUGUGUCCAGGUCCAGAAGAUCCUCCAGAACACAAACCAGUGCCCAUCGGGACUUUAGAUACACAGGAGAACAUCACAGAGGAACUGCAGAGGCACUUACAGGCCGCUGAAGAGGAGAAUGAAGAACUAAAGCAAAAGAUGAAGAGAUUACAGGAUGAGAUUGACAGACUGAACAUCAGCAGAGACACGGAGUUGUGUAUGUGCCGGUCCCUGUGUUCUGUACCGGUCUGCUGUGAGGAUCCGCUGUGGCAUAGCUCAGCAGCGCCCUCUGCCUGUCAUUACCCGCUAGUGACGCCACUUCAUCGCCACCUGCUGCUCUUCAACAGAGUGCACAGGCCACAGGUGAAGAGUGAAGGAUAUUUAUUAGUUUGUGCUAAAGGGUCUGAACUUCUGCUGUGGGAGCGUCGCUGUAGCUCUGAACUCUCCUGAUGAAGAACACAAAGACAUCAGACACUACACACUAUCAGAAGAGUUUAUCAGACUUUAUUAUUUACACUGAACUCAUCUACUGUAUGCCCGUCUGAUCUGAUCUACUUUACACUGAUCUGAUCUGAUCUACUCUACACUGGUCUGAUCUUACCUACUUUACACUGAUCUGAUCUGUUCUAUUGUGCUUUGAUCUGGUUUACAGCGGUCUGAUCUGUUGUUAGCUCAUAGCGUCACUCCAACAUUACAUCAGACAUUCAGAUGUCUUCAUAACAGAUCUUUUGGUUUGUUUGUGUAGUGCUGAGUUGUGUGGAUUGUUGAUGUGUUUGUGUGAUCUAUAAGAGCAUCACUGACAGUCUGCUGUACAGAAGUGUUAACACGUUCAGGUUUCUGUCUGUAUGAUGAUCCUCUUUCUGUGAUUUACAUGCAGAAUUUAUUCACUGUUUAUUUAAGAGUCUAAACCACCUGACAGAAGUCAAGAGGUUCAAAGAUUUAUCAUCUAAACACAAACACUAUCCGCUCUACACGCACUUAGAUUUCAUCUGCAACACUGUUUCAUACACUUUCUUUCUUAGUAUUUUUGUCUUGUAAUCUUGUUAACAAUACAUUUAUUUCAAGAUUUUUUACCCCAUUGGCAGAUUUUUUUUGUUUGCUUUUUUAAGCACAACUUCACUUAAAUUGUAUAUUUGACAAAAAUUGACUUUUUGCUCAUCAAGAAAGUAUAUCUUGAUUUAAGAAUUUUUUUGAUAUUUGUACUGAAACCAAGACACAAAUACUAAGUAAGAAAGUCAUUUUUUGCAGUGUAUUCACUACAUGAUGUUAUUUUUGUACAAAAAAAAAAGACAUUUUUAUUACAUAUUAGAAAACUAAGUGAACAACUUGGAAAUAAAGUUGACUUAUUUAUUUACCAUAGUUUGCAUUCAUCCCUAAAUCAUGUUUGUUACCUGUACACACACACACACACACACACACACACACACACACACACACACACACACACACACAUUAUUUAAAUCUACUCGGGUACAGUUAACAUGACAUCUAAAUGUACCCUGUUUACUCUCUCAAUAUACAUUUAUGAUCUUUCUGUGUUCUUACAAUAAGACCAUGAAUGUGUAUUUAAAAAGUAAAUAAAUAGAUGCAGUCUCGUGUUGAUCAGCUUUGAGUUUUAAUGAGUUUGGUGCGGUUUGGUUUCCCGGACAGGACUUGAGUUUAAUCCCAGACUUAAAAUCUCAACAUAUAUCAGUGCUGUCUCAAGAUUCACACCAGUCAUUUUUUUUUGUCUUAAUAUAACCAAGUCUAGUCCUGGCUUAAUCUAAACGGGUAACCGCCCAUUUGUGUUGUUUGCUUAGAUAAACAUCACUGUUACUGCUGUUCAUGAUACAAACAAAACCUCAAACAACCCAGCAGCACUGUUUUAAUAAAAGUCAAGACCACACACAAUUUCUUUAACAUUUACCUUUAAAUAAAGUGA